AUUCAGUUGGCUUUCAGUUGUUUAUUCGUUUGGUUGUGUUCCAGGCAACCAUCUCCAUGGCAACGGUCAUAAAAGUUGUUUCUGCUGCAACUUUUUGUUAAAUUUAUUGUCGCGGAUUGGGCAAGAGCUAAAUAAAAUAAACAAAGCUUCGAUCAAAUUUGAAGCUCUUCGCUUUGUGUCAUUUGUUAAGUUCGCAAACGCAACCACGUGGAACCGCAUUGAAAACUUCACAAUGGCUCAGGUGGAGGGACGAGCCAACGAGACGGAGAGUGCUGUAAAAAAUGCCUGGCAGAUGAAGGCAAUGGACGCCAAUCGCUAUGCGACCAAGAAAACUAUUGCCCAGGGCAUGCUGGAUAUAGCGCUGCUGACAGCCAACGCAUCUCAGCUGAAAUACAUACUCCAGGUCGGGGAGCAGCAUCAGUUCUAUAAGCUAAUGCUAAUACUGAUUAGCUUGUCCAUAGUUAUGCAGAUACUGUCUGGCGUACUAAGCCUGUCCCUCAGUUUAUUGCGGGACUGCCGAAUGCAUCAGCCAGAGUUCCAUCAAUCGGCCAAUGUGAUCAAUCAUGUGCGCACUGGCUUUGCGUUUUUUACCACAAUGGUCAAUCUUUUCAUAUCGGCUUUUGAUUCUCGACUGCCCCCGAUACAGGGCGAUAUUUUGAAUGAUGUCAAUUAAAAUUAAUAAUUAUAUAAAAUGAACCCAUCUCAUCCGACUUUUUUGAUCGAAAUACCCU